GACAGAACAGCUGAUCUCGAUUGUCUCUAGGGUUCUCCAAAUCAGAUAAUCUGCAACAACAACAACAAAAAAUGGCUUUCGCUACUCGUAUCAGAUCCGGGAUCUCCUUCUUCAAGACCAUCUCCGUCUCCUCUUCAACAUCUUACCCUCGUGGAGGCUCUCUAAUUCCUUCGUUGAGAGAUUAUGCAACAGCUUCUGCUCAGAAAACCGGCAAUGUUAAGGUGCCUGUGGCUUUAGUUGGUGAAUCUGGCAACUUUGCUUCGUGGCUGUACAUUGCAGCUGUGAAAAUGAACUCCUUGGAAAAGAUUGAGUCUGAUCUUUCUGAGCUGGUUGAGGCUAUGAAGACAAGCCCUACUUUUUCACAGUUUACUAAAGAUCCCUCUGUUCCUAGAGAGACUAGAAUCGCUGCUAUUGUCGAUGUUUGUGAUAAAGCCAAGUUCGCUGAACCCACCAAGAACUUCCUCUCUUUGUUAGCUGAGAAUGGGAAGCUGAAGAACCUAGACGUGAUUGUGAAAAAAUUCAUGCAGCUGACAACAGCUCACAGGGGAGACGUUAAGGUUUUGGUUACCACAGUCAUGCCACUUCCUCCUGCUGAGGAGAAAGAGCUUAAGGAGACACUUCAGGAGAUAAUCGGAGAAGGGAAGAAAGUAACUGUGGAACAAAAGAUUGAUCCGAGUAUAUAUGGUGGGCUAAUAGUAGAGUUUCAACAAAAGGUGUUGGACAUGUCUAUCAGGACAAGAGCGCAGCAGAUGGAGAGGCUCCUCCGUGAACCUGUUGACUUCACCAACCUCUGAAAAUUCCCCCUCAAGAAAAAUGCUUUGUGAUAAUAUGCUGCAACGUGCAACCAGUUGACAAAUAAAUAUGACCCUCCUCCUGGGAAACAACAUAUAACUUACAACAUAUAACUUGUUCCGUUUUUUUUUUUGUUUUGAAAAAUUCCUUGCGUUUUAACAACUGUUGUUUGCUUCAAAAUAAGCUUUUGGAGAUAUCAAUCAAUCAGAUUAUCUUGUCCUUGUUUUCGUGUGUUAACAUUAAAUUGGUAACAUAAUGGUAAUGAGUCAC